AUGAAGGAGGAAAUGGAAGCUAUCCAUCGAAACAAAACUUGGGAACUCAUCAGGUUGCCGGAGGGAAAGAAGAGGGGUUGGUGCAUUCACCAACUGGAUGUCAAGAUGGCGUUUUUGAACGGAGAUUUGAAGGAAGAGAUGAUAUCAUCUACAUGGGGUCGCUCUAUUGUGAUGUCGAAGGAGUUCAAAGAAAGGAUGAUGAAUAUGUUUGAAAUGUCUGAUCUGGUCUCCUUGAAGUAUUUUUUGGGAUUAGAAGUCAGACAACUCAAAGAAACAUUAAUGGUCUCUCAACGGAGAUAUGCUGAGGAAUUAUUAAGAAAUGCCGGAAUGCUUAAUUGCAAGCCAGUGUCCAGCCCUAUAAACUCCAAUGAGAAGCUUAAAGUUGAAGAUGGCUCUGGGAAAGUAAACUCCUCUAAGUAUCGAAAGAUGGUUGGAGGGUUGCUCUAUCUUAUUCAUACCAGACCAGACAUUAUGUAUGAUGUGUCUGUGACUUCAAGAUUCAUGCAAUCACCUACUAUGCAUCACUACGGAGCUGUAAAACGAAUUCUUCGUUAUAUCAGCGGAACUAUGGAUUUUGGGAUCCACUAUACAAAGUGUGAUGAGUUGAAGCUUGUGGGGUAUUCCGACAGCGAUUGGGGUGGAUCACCGGAUGAUCGAUGA